ACGUCAUUCCGCUUCCGGCGUCACGCACAGUUCCGCCAUGGCCUCCAUGGAAGGGAGUCGUACCCCUGCGAGGUCUCGGCGGGAUCCAGAGAGGCGCGCCUCGCGACAGGACAAGUAUUCAGUGCUUUUGCCCACCUACAACGAGCGCGAGAACCUACCGGUCAUCGUGUGGCUGCUGGUGAAAAGCUUCUCCGAGAGUGGGAUCAACUAUGAAAUUAUAAUCAUAGACGAUGGAAGCCCAGAUGGAACAAGGGACGUUGCUGAACAGUUGGAGAAGAUCUAUGGGUCAGACAAAAUUCUUCUAAGACCACGGGAGAAAAAGUUGGGACUAGGAACUGCGUAUAUUCACGGAAUGAAACAUGCCACAGGAAACUACAUAGUAAUUAUGGAUGCUGACCUCUCACAUCAUCCCAAAUUUAUUCCCGAAUUCAUUAGGAAGCAAAAGGAGGGUAAUUUUGACAUUGUCUCUGGAACGCGCUACAAAGGAAAUGGAGGUGUAUAUGGCUGGGAUUUGAAAAGAAAAUUAAUCAGCCGUGGGGCCAAUUUUAUAACUCAGAUUUUGCUGAGACCAGGAGCAUCUGAUUUAACAGGAAGUUUCAGGUUAUACAGAAAAGAAGUUCUACAGAAAUUAAUAGAAAAGUGUGUUUCUAAAGGCUACAUCUUCCAGAUGGAAAUGAUUGUGCGGGCAAGACAGCUGAAUUACACUGUUGGCGAGGUCCCAAUAUCAUUUGUGGAUCGUGUUUAUGGUGAAUCCAAGUUGGGAGGAAAUGAAAUAGUCUCUUUCUUGAAAGGAUUAUUGACACUUUUUGCUACUACAUAAAAGAAAGUUAUUCAUUUAUAUUUAUCAUGUUCAUUUCAAUUUAAACGUAGAGGAAGCCUGGUUGCUGAUUUUUAUAAAAUGUACUCUUAGAGCAUAAAUCAUAAGGUAAGGUAAAUUUCAUGCAAAUCUUUUUUCUGAAGAAACUCCAUUUUAUAUGUCAAAUUAAAUUAGAAAAAUGAGCAGUGUUAUCAAUUUUCGUUUACAUUUUGCUGUAUUAAGACCUAUAAAUAAAUGUAUAUGGGGUUUUGCAUAAAAUACUGUCUUCAUAGAGUAUGUGAAUGCAGAAUUUCUGACAUGGGGAAGAUUUUGAAAUAUUUAUAAACUGGGUUCAUAGCUUUUUGUACCUAACAGAUGUCAGAAGAGGAAUGCUGAUUAUAUUGAUGAUAUAUAUAUAUAUAUGACUGCUUAUGAAUUGAAAAAGAAAUACACACCUCUGCCCUUUUAAAAUAUAGCUGAGAUGUCUUUAAGUCAGAUAAAACUACAUUUAGGGCAGUUUUAGAGUUUGGUUCUUUGCAGCUGUUGAGUUGAUGAAGUAAUUCAUUUGUCAGAGCACGUCUUUUAAAAUAAACCUUGUGAACUGUAAA